ACUCUUAAAAUUAUUAUUAUUAUUAUUAUUAUUAUUAUAUGGAUAGUAGUUAUAUAAACUUUCUCCCAACUUCCUCUUCCAGCUUCUUCCAUAACUCAUUAGCUAUGGACGACCACGACGAUGAGUUGGAAGAAGAAAGCAGUUUGAAAAAAAUUAAAAGUGAAGCGUCUGGUGGGAAAUUGAAGAAGAAGAAGAAGACAAGAAAAAGGAGAUUCGCAUUUGAAACGAGGAGCCAAGUUGAUGUUCUUGAUGAUGGGUAUCGUUGGAGAAAAUAUGGUCAAAAGGCUGUUAAGAACAACAAGUUUCCCAGGAGCUAUUACAAAUGUUCGAACGAAGGAUGCAAAGUGAAGAAACAAAUUCAACGGCUAACAAAGGAUGAAGAAGUUGUAUUGACAACCUAUGAAGGAGUUCAUUCCCAUCCUAUUGAAAAACCUCAUGAUUCCUUUCAAAAUAUCUUGACCCAUAUGCAUAUUUACUCUUCUUAGCUUCCUUCUAAAUCCCCCAUUUAUACUUCAUUUUCUUAUUUUACUUUUCAAUUUUCAUUUCAUCUUUUGCAUAUAUUAUAAAUAUAUAUAUAUAGAAAUACUUAAUACUCAUUAAUUACUCA